CGCUAUUCACUCGAUCUGAGUCUUCUGCUCAUCUUCGGUUAUCUCUCAGUGUUUAUCAUAGGACUCGUCGGAAAUCUCUGCGUUGUGAUAGUGGUUCUGCAAACCCCGAAGAUGAGGACCGUCACUAAUCACCUUAUUGUGAACCUGGCGUGCGUCGAUAUAAUCGUCCUCUUAGUUUGCGUACCGUCAAACCUGCUAGCGAACCUUCUUUAUCCUUGGAAGCUCGGAUUAUGGGCAUGUAAGGUGACUUCUUACCUUCAAGCCGUCACUGUUUCCGCUUCCAUCCAAACACUGGUGGCGAUUUCGGUUGACCGGUGUGUUGCGAUUUGCUCAGGUUCCCUGAGGAGGCAGAUGCCUCAGUAUGGAGUUUGGAAGGUUGUCGCCCUCAUUUGGACCGUCUCCUUGGCCAUAAUGUCUCCUAUCCUCAUCUAUCAAGGCUUAGAGAGAUACGGGAAUUCAGAGUUGACCAGCUGCGUGGACAACUUCCCCUCAGAAGAGUUCAGGAUCAUCUUCAGCUCGGUGGUUCUAUUCGCCGGAUGCUAUUUCCUCCCACUUUUUGUGAUAACGGCCAGUUAUUUACUUAUCUAUCUGACAGUCUGGCGCCGAGCUAUCCCCGGUGAGACGUUGACAAAGACAUCUUUCGAUCACAACAAGCAACUGAUGCAACGGUCAAAGCUCAAGGUCGUCCGAAUGAUGCUGGGCGUUGUUUCUACGUUCUUCGUGUCUUGGGGUCCCUUGUAUGCAAUACACGCCUAUUUUUUAUUCUGUGGAUCUCCAAGUAAUCAGAAGGUCGCUGCCAUGCUUCAGAUAGCCUUCUCGUUCUCACAAUGGCUUGGGAUGACGAAUUCUUGCAUCAAUCCGAUCCUCUACGGCUUGUUCAAUAAAAGAUACAGGAGGGGCUUCAGAGCCCUUUUCUCCGGCCGGCAAAACGCCUUCGAGAGCUCCCAAGCUUCGGUUCGUCUACGCACACAGUUCAAUCGAGGCCACCACAAGAAAAUGUGUCCGACCGCUGAAACUGAAGUUUGCUGCCCGUCCCACAAGGGGGACCACGAUCCGAAAAAGAUUUGA